GAUUGCAACUACUACGCACCUCUGGAGUAGGCUACGAUUCACUCUUUUUGCUUGCAAAUUACAAGUCAGCACGCACUCCUCCUCUGGAACUUGAAGGACACAGACGCCUCAAUGGAUUUCUUUAAUUUUCGGCUAUUCUUCCUCCUAGCGUCAGCAGUUGUGUGCUGUUCAGCAGAUAUUCUAAAAAACGACAAGGUGAAAGGUGUAUUGGGAAAGAAUGUCAAGUUCAACACAACCUUCGAUGGCUCGGAGUACCUGUCACUCAGCUGGAAUUUCGGAAGCGUCAAUAUCGUGACGGCCAGCAAAGAUAAAGUGGCUAUCGCCAAUGCCUACAAGGAUCGAGUUAAGCUGAACAAGACCACCGGCAUGAUGGAACUUGGACCGCUCACUGCCGCUGACAACGGGAUGUACCAGUUGAUCAUUGUUACUCAAGAGCUGCAGACACUAACAGGAGACUCGGAACUUAAAGUAUUGGAGCCGGUCUCCAGCGCGACUAUCACCUCCGACCCCCCGAAGGAGGCGGUGGAGUCUAACAGCUCGGUGGUGCUCACCUGCACAGCCAAGGGCUCCUUCCUGAAGUACACCUGGCUCAACAACACAGUGCCUGUGGUGGCUGAUGGCAAGCGGCUGAUCCUGAACGCCGACGGCAACAUCCUGAGUGUGAAGGACGUCCAGCGCUGGGACCUGCGGGGCCCCAUCUACUGCCGCGCCGGCAACGACCUGGAGGAGGAGACGAGCGCGGCCUUCAACAUGACCGUCAGCUAUGGCCCUGAAAAGGUGGUUCUCGUGCAGACGCCGACAAGCUCUGUCCUCGCCACGGGGGCUAUGGUGACCCUGGCCUGCUCUUCCGUGUCCAGCCCUGAUGCCACCUACCAGUGGAUGCACAAUGGGGCGCCCAUGAAGGACACCACCGCCUCCAUCACCUUGGAAAACGUCAAUGAGAAGAACAGCGGCAACUACACCUGCGUGGCCUUCAACGCCAAGACCAAGCGCUACACCGCCUCCAACAUGGCCUUGUUUACCGUCAUAGAGCCCAUUAAAGGAACCACGAUCACCAGAGUGGGUGCUGCCACGCCCCUUAUCGCCAAGGACAGCUCCAUCCAGCUCACCUGCAAAGCAGUAGCUGGCACGGUCGCGUCCACAAAGUGGACAAAGGACGGCGUCGAUCUGGUUGUUAGCGAGCGGGUGGUCCUCUCCAAAAAAAUGGACAUGCUGAACAUCUCCAUGGUGCAGAGGGAAGAUGCUGGCCUGUACAAGUGUGUGCUGAAAAACGCAGUCAACUCCCUGGAGGGGAACUACACAAUGGUGGUGAACUAUGGUCCAGAAGGGAUAAAGAUGGUGGGACCGAAGGCGGUGGAGAUCACAGACCGUGUGGAGAUCAAGUGCACGGCAGAGUCUUACCCUGUGGCCACCUACUCCUGGAAGCUCAAUGGCACCGAACUGGAACCCACCACAUCGAUGUUCAUCAUCGAGCAGCCGAGUUUCCGUGACACAGGAACCUACACCUGCACCGCCCGCAACCCACUCACCAAUGGCACCGCCUCCUCCACACACACACUCGCUGUCAAAGAGGAGGGAGCACUGGAUGAAGGGUUGUCAGGCGGUGCUAUAGCUGGCAUCAUCAUCGGCGUGCUGAUCGCUCUGGCCAUCGUGAUCGGCGUGGUCAUGCACAUGAGAAAGAAAAAAGAUAUCCCAUCGCCAUACUAAGCACAGAAUCAUGUAAGGGAGAGGGAGGAGUCGGAGGAACCGGGUUUGCAGAACAUCCCAAAAACAAAGAGGUCUUCAUUUCUUUUCCACCGAAGAUCCCACAGGGCAGCUUCAAGAACUCGCUCGUUUGGGUCGUAUCACCGGUUCCCCUGACUUCCAUCCCACCUGUCCCAACCACCCGCCCGCACCCCUGGGGUGGACUGCUCUUUCACAUCACCAGAAGAAAACUGCUGCCCUCUCUCUCACACACCUGGUUUCGACCCCUCCGCCUGCCUUACUGGAGUCACCCAUCCCAUCCCCUCUCCUCACCCCCACCAAGCCCACCUUUCUCGGUACCUGACCCCAGAAUAACACCCUCUCUUUGGACAAAAGCAAACCAGCCACCCUUGAGGAGUUAAGAGAUUCUGGGACUUGAAGGCUGAAUUAGAUGGAGUGGAGGGGUGGUGGUCUUGGACAGGACACUUCUCCUUAUCUGUGGGUUUCUGCUCCAUCUCAUACCCCCCCCCUCCAACCGACUCCUCUCCCUAUUGUGUCCUACCCCUACCCCCUUUUCAACUACACUAAAGUGGACCACUCCCUUUUGUCCACCCGCCGAAACCCUAAACCCUCUUGUUGCCCCCAACCCCCUCAAAAAGAAAUCCUGGAUUGUCAAUCCUAUUUGCUUUUUCUCUUCUUUUCUUUUUUUGGAAAAGAGGACAACUCCUGAGGUAAAUGAAACUUGGUCUGGAAUUAACCUGAAGGCCUAAGCCUCCGACGGUUGACGCCCUAUGGAAAUGAUCGCAUUCCUGUUGCAGCCAUGGCCUUCAGUAGCUUCAGUAGCCUGUCCUGAGGCAGAUGUAGCCCACCCCCACCUCUCAGUUUUUAUGAGCCAGUUUCAGUUUAGUUCGGCUUGGAGCUAAAAGGUCUCUGUCACCAACAGCUUGCCCUUGGUGGGCCUUAAGCCUCUGUGUCUGCCUUUGUUUUGUGGUUCUGUAGAAAGAAAAUGGAGUUGAAAUUAAAUUAGAAAUGCUUCACUUGCUCCUGUAAUAUCUCCUCCUGGUCCCUAAGGAAUGUGUUUUGCUUUAAUCUGUUGAUUUGUUUGUAUGUUUGUUUUCUGGACAUCCUAAUGCUGGGCCAAUGAGGCAGAGUGGAGAAUCUUGGAGAAAGACCAACAUGUCACAACAAGCCAAGAGAGAGAGAGAGAGAGAGUGUGUGUGUGUGUGUGUGUGUGUGUGUGUGUGUGUGUUGGGUGGGGGUGGGUCGGUACUACGGAUAGGGAGAGGGUUGGGUCCCAGGUUUUUCAAAGAAGAUGAAGGUGAGAGAUUUUUUGCUGUAGAAUGGCAUUCCUUUUGGAGUUUUUGGAGGGAAAUGUUAAAUGUUUUUCCUAGGCGUUCCCUCUCUCCUGAUUUGUUACGCUCGUACCAUCUCCUUGAAUCACUUUUGACAUUGGAUGGCAGGAGACCAUAAAUUUUACUAAAAUUUCAAAUCCACUCGAGUGCGUUUGAAGUUUGAAUGCUUAAACGUAAGAAAAUUAGAGACCACUUCGAUACAUUCAUGACCAAAUAUGUGUGGUUUAAAUUGUCUCUUCCAUUCAUUGGAGGGAAAACAAUCCAUAAACAUACUGAUGAUUUUUUUUUUUAACUCAUUUUAACACCCUUCUGGUGUCACCGCAGACUGAAAUGCUCUUGUUUGUGGAGGCCCCAAGAUUUAUUAGGUUGCGAUGAAUCAAAGUCAGACGGCACUCACAUAGGGCAUUCCAGGGUAUGUGCUCUAACAUAAACACCUGCCCAUAGAAUGAGUAGAUACGUGGGACAAAAAGGGCUGCGAAUGUAAUCUUGAAGCAUCGCUGUCCUUUGGAGGUCAAUGUGUUUAUUGCGGUCAGGUUAAGCACAUAAUAAACAAGAUCUGUUGUGACAACUGGGUUUCGGUUGCGAGAGACACACCAUGAGCAAUCCAACAGAAGUAUUUGUGUGACUUUGUGAAUUUGCUGAUUAGUUUUAGAUUAGAAAUUGCAGACUUUUUGUCCUGGACAUUAACUGACUUUCGUUUUUCUGUAAAGAAGCAAAAGAGAAUUCAUUAACAGAAGUUAUUUUGAUUCAGAUGUAUCGAUAAAGAGUUUCCAAUCCCACUCCUACAGAGAUCUUUAUUGAUGUGUAAGUGAAAUGUUGUGAUAGUAGACUUAUGUGUAUUUUUCUGUGCGUAAGACAUGGAGUCAGUAUUUUUUUCACAAUAGACAAAAAUGUUCACAACUUCUUGAAUUCGUGUCAGCCAUGUCUUCAUAAAAGUACCCUAAAUUACAUAAUAUACCAUGUGUAAAUAUGACAAAUGUAUCCGUUUUGUUUAUGUUUCUUUUUCUUUUGUAAAUUGCUUGGGAUCUCUUUUAAAUUGUAUUAAUUCUGUUAGUUAAGAUUAUUCUCAGGUUGUUUACAGUAUGGGUGUGAUAUUUCUUUAAAUUAACAAGAUCUGCUCCUGUUCUCUUGCUAGCCGGAUGACUGCCUCAGUAAAAUUUGUGUAGUUUAUUUUUUUAAUUUCUUUGUUUUCUUUAGUUUGGUUUGUUUUAUUGUGGCUUAGGAGUCAUGCUUGUUUAACUAUUUAUUCGCAUCCAUUGUUCUCCAUGUAACCCAAGCCACUGAGUCCAUCAAAAAAUGUGCCCCUCCCUCUCUUUACAUUGUAAUUGGCUAACUUAUUUGGAGGCAGACAGUGGUAGUUAUUUUUUACAUUUUCCUGUAUUGAAUUCCCUAUGCCACGUCUCUUUUUUUACACACUGAAGGAAGCAGUUACCAUUAUUGAAACGAACUGUCAUGAGACCAUAAACAUACAGAAAAGUGCUUAGGGCAACGGGGGGAGGAUCCCUGCAUCUGUGUGUGUGUGUGUGUGUGUGU